AUGGAAAUCACAAGCAUCGUCGUCCAGGGUCGCGACCAGGCACUCCUCUACGGCGACUACUCGACCUACCACUCCCAGCUCGCCAAGCGCCUGCUCAACUCGCGCAAGAAGCUCGGAAUUGCGACGAAGAAUCGGGGCAAGUUCCAAAAGAAGAAAGAUGUCACGCCCGAGGACGUUGCCGGCAAUCAUGAAUACGUCCGUCUCCUGCUCCUUGCGAGCGAACGAGCGUGGGCGCAGGCCAUGAGCAUAAAGUCGGCCCAUACGACGGGCCAAAAGGGCAUGUCGAGUCGUGCUCGAUCUCACAUCGUGUCGAGGCUCGGCAGGGCCGCCGCCACCGCCCAGCAACUGCUCGACAUUCUCUCGCAGCGCCAAGUUUCCGGGGCGUCGUCGACCGAUGUCCUCGAGGCUAGGGCGUACGCCUCGUUGAUUCGAGGAAGCAUGCAGUUCGAGAAGCACGCCUGGGAGCCCUGCGUCGAGCACUACGCCGUCGCCCGCGUCAUCUACGGCGCCCUUUCGACCGCCGGCCAGGAGCAGGUGUUCAAGGAUCUCUUGUCCGACACGAUAGACCCCUCGAUCCGGUACGCCGCCUACCAGUUGCGCACGCCCCGGACCGUGCCCAUCCCCACCAUUGCUCGCCAGGCGUUCCCGCGUGCCGACGGCGAUCUGGUGCGAGAGAUCAACGAGCUCGACGGCAGCCUUCUGGCCGAAGCCGACGACAUGUCCAAGGCGGGUUCGACGGCCGACGGUGCGCCGAAGACGCUGACCUGGCGGGAACGCCAGGUGCAGAUCGAGGAUGCCCAAAUCUCGCUGGCCUGGGCAUCCGUCGGCGAGGCCAAGUCUCGACUGACGCAGGCCCUGGCCAAGGCGAAAGAGAUGCACCCUUACAAGGUGGCGGCCGCCUACGACGAGAUCCUCACGGCGACCCAGGAUGCCGUCGACGCGACGAAGCAGGCAAUCGACGAGCUCAAGGGCGAGGGCGUGGCCCAGAGCGACGCGAGGAUGCAGCGCCUGCAAAUCACCCGGACCGCCGUCAACUACGAGAUGAUCAGCUGGAGAAUCGGCCGGAACCGCGUGCUGACGGGGCGUGACGACGGUGCGCCGGAUGAGUACGGCUCGUUGAGGCGAAAGAAGAGGCGGAACCCGGCGCCUUCGGACGAGGCAGAGGCGGGAAAGGAGAGGGAGAGGGAUCUGCCUCGGAGCAAGAAGCUGGCGAAGCUCAAGGAAAAGGUGGCGCUCUACGACGGGACGCUGCAGAACCUGCAGUCGGUCAAGGAGCUGCCUGGUGUCGCCGCCGACGAGGGCCUCGCGACGAAGCUCGACGCCUUCGACAAGUACUUUGCGUCGUUGAAGGCCCUCUCCAUCGGCCGGUCGCACGCCAUCGUCGGUCAGUUUGUCAACGCCUUGGCUUUGAUCGACUACGCGUUCAAGCUCUGCGAAGGGGCCGCAUCGAGACUGGUGGGCAGCGACGAUGACGCCGACGAGUUGCCAUUGAGCAUGGACGUCAGCCCGAAUGCCGUCAACUCUCUCGGCACCUUGCUCCGGGGCGAGCUGCAGCGUCACCGGGCCAUCGUCCACCUCAACAACCUCCGCCAGGAGGAGAAGGACAGCAACAAGAGCGAGCGGCUUGCCAGUGUCCCUCUUAUCGAGCGCUUGCACGAGUAUCCCGCCCACGGGGUGGAUUUUACCAAUCUUGUCGAGUUGCCCCCCAAGCCGAGGCUGAUUCCCGUCAAGCCCAUCUUCCUCGACGUUGCGUGGAACUACAUCGACUACCCGGGCAAGUCUGGCGCAUCCUCGCCGGCCGCGACCUCCGAGCAUACGCCUCCGCCUAAACGAGGCUGGUUUGGCUUCGGCCGGUCGUGA